AUGUCAGCCUCGGACGACCUCACCAAUCUUGCGACCCCGCCAGCGUGCAUUGCAGACUUUUGUCUGAUCCCCCUGGGCACCCCCACAGCAUCAGUAUCCAAGGAAGUCGCGGAAGUGCAGCGGCUCCUCAAGAAAAGCGGCUUGGAUUAUUCGAUGCAUUCCGCGGGGACAACAGUUGAGGGCUCGUGGGACGACGUUAUGCGGGUCAUAGGGCAAUGCCAUGCGAUGUUGCAUCAGAAUGGGAUUGUGAGGAUUCAGAGCGAUAUUCGUGUGGGGAGCAGGACCGACAAAAAGCAAGGAUUCAAGGACAAGGUCGACGCUGUGGAGAAGCUGCUCAAGGAAGAUCAAGGCGCAGCGUUGUAA